GACGCGCCACAGCUAGAAAGGGAAGGCCGAGCGCGGAGGGGCGGAGCCAAGAAAGCGCGCGUUCGGAAAGGGGGAGGGGCCGGGUUAAGGAGCGCCGCGUCACGUCCGGCAGACUUAGAGCCCGUGCGGAGGCGGUGCGGAGCGCUUCGGUACUCAGCGGCUCGGGAACCUGUGCGUUCUGUGAGGCUGCGGCGGAGCCUCCAUAUAGAAGGCGCAAGAGGUUGGCAGCUUCGAUUGAAGCACGUCGAGCGGCGACAGCAGCUAGGAGUCAUGAGCGACAGCGGCGAGCAGAACUACGGCGAGCGGGAAUCCCGUUCUGCUUCCAGAAGUGGAAGUGCUCAUGGAUCUGGGAAAUCUGCAAGGCAUACCCCAGCAAGGUCUCGCUCCAAGGAAGAUUCCAGGCGUUCCAGAUCAAAGUCCAGGUCCAGAUCUGAAUCUAGGUCUAGAUCCAGAAGAAGUUCUCGAAGGCAUUACACAAGAUCAAGAUCUCGGUCCCGCUCCCAUAGACGAUCCCGUAGCAGGUCUUACAGUCGAGAUUAUCGAAGACGGCAUAGCCACAGUCAUUCUCCGAUGUCUACUCGCAGGCGUCAUGUUGGGAAUCGGGCAAAUCCUGAUCCCAACUGCUGUCUUGGAGUAUUUGGAUUGAGCUUGUACACUACAGAAAGAGAUCUAAGAGAAGUAUUCUCUAAAUAUGGCCCCAUUGCUGAUGUGUCUAUUGUAUAUGACCAGCAGUCUAGACGUUCAAGAGGAUUUGCCUUUGUGUAUUUUGAAAAUGUAGAUGAUGCCAAGGAAGCAAAAGAGCGUGCCAAUGGAAUGGAGCUUGAUGGACGUAGGAUCAGAGUUGAUUUCUCUAUAACAAAAAGACCACAUACCCCAACACCAGGAAUUUACAUGGGGAGACCUACCUAUGGCAGCUCACGCCGUCGGGAUUACUAUGACAGAGGAUAUGAUCGAGGCUAUGAUGAUCGAGACUACUACAGCAGAUCAUACAGAGGAGGAGGUGGAGGAGGAGGAGGAUGGAGAGCUGCUCAAGACAGGGAUCAGAUUUACAGAAGGCGGUCACCUUCUCCUUAUUAUAGUCGUGGAGGAUACAGAUCACGUUCUAGAUCUCGAUCGUACUCACCUCGUCGCUAUUAAAGCAUGAAGUUGAAGAUUUUCUGAAACCUACUCUAGAGUUGGGAUAUUGUUUGUGGACAAUAUUUUUUAUUGUCUCCUGUUUAAAAAGUGAACAGUGCCUAGUGAAGUUAGGUGACUUUUACACCUUUUAUGAUGACUACUUUUGGUGGAGUUGAAAUGCUGUUUUCAUUCUGCAUUUGUGUAGUUCGGUGCUUUGUUCAAAGUUAAGUGUUUUCAGAAAAGUAUGUUUUGCAUGUAUUUUUUUACAGUCUAAAUUUUGACUGCUGAGAAGUUUCUAUUGUACAAAACUUCAUUUAAAAAGGUUUUUCUACUGAAUCCAGGGUAUUCUGAAGAUCGAAGCCUGUGUGUAAAAUGCUACCAAAUGGUAAAAAGCAACAAUAAAGUUUGGUUUUUACUUUUCUUUCUAACAUCAAUGCUUAGCAAAACUGUUCAGAUUAGGUUGUGUCAUUAGUAAAUUUCAAGACAAAAAUACCCAUUUUCCUCCAAUCCAUGAAACAUAUUAUACGUAAUAUACCUGCAACUAAGUGUUGAAAAUUAUGCUCUGUAACCCUGUACUGCUAGUACUAGAACUAAAGAACUUUCAAUACAGCCAAUGCUUAAUGCUUAUAUAAAUGUGGAUUUGUCAGCCUUUAUGUAAUCUGUAUCAUAUAAAGCAGGGGAUAAGAAAAGAGGUACACAAUGUAUGCCUUUAAAAGGCUAUUUCUUAAAGCUGUUACAAGGGGAUAAUGGUAUUUCAACUAGUUAUCAGCAAGUGACAAUACAUUCCACCACAAAUGUACUCUUGUUCUUCUAGCUUUUAGACUAUGGAAAAAAUUAAGUGCUUCAGAGUUCGGGAAAAAAGGGAACACUACACCUGUGUUGUGGAUGAACUGAAGACUUUGCCUGUUCAUUUUUUAAAUAUUAUUUUCAGGUCCUUUGCUUACCAAAGGAAGCCCAAUUUCACUCAAAUGUUUUGAGAACUGUGUUUAAAUAAAUGCAAAUGAAAAGAGUAAAA